AUGAGUGCACGGUUUGUCGUCUCAAAGACAGACGGUGGGAUUCCUGAGACAAUUCAAGAAAACGCAGAGGACACAGAAAAUGUGGAAAUUAUUGUUGAGGACAACAAAGAAUUAGGUAUGAACGUAUGCUACCCCGCGGCCAAAGGGGAAAUUUGAUCGCUUCAUUUUGAAAUCAUGUAUAACUAAAAAAAGUCCAUGUUUACAAAUUCACGACGGGGGAAUUCAAAGAUCAAAACCCACUUAGUUUUACUUAGCUUAAGUACAUUGUUUAACGUUUUUAAUAGCGUAUUUUUUAAAUAAAUCAAAAAUGAUUAAGGUUUAUAUAAACCCGAGCUUGACAAAAUUAUCUAUAUAUAAAUAUUAGUGUUCAAUAUUUAAAACGGGCAUUAUUAAUUUUUAUUUGAAAUCGUCCACAAAUGAUUUCAAUUUAAUACGGUGACAUUAUUACUUGUAAAUAAUACAGUGACAAUUAAUAACAAAACAAAUUUUAAAAGUUGAAAAAUACAUACUAUAAAGUAAAAUAAUAAUAGAGGUACAAUAAUAGAGGUCCCUAUCCUGUAGUCAAUAGUAAAUUGGUGUAAUAUAUAAAUUAAUCUAAUAUCAAUCUUCAGUGAUCUAAUAUAAAUUGUCAUGGGGGCAUAAUUUAGUAUGAAUGCAAAAAAUUUUGAAAAAUUAUUGAACCCCACGACGAUUUGGUCCCGCUAUGCAAAUUUCAACUCAUCAUUCAUUUCUUUAGAAAUUGUGUUGAUAGAUUAUAAACAUGGCAAUAUUUGCAUAGCGGGAUGACAUUGCCACUGCCACGUACACAAAAAACAACAGAAAUGACAUCACUUACAGUAAACAAUAGGCAUAUGUAAAACCUACAAAAUUUCUGACUCCCCCCCCCCCCCAAAGGAACCUCACACGGAAUUAUCUUAGUCACAAUCCAGAACAAGAAUGCAAAAUUUGCAUAUGGCAUGCAUUUCACCUCAGCAACACAAGUUGGAUUCUUGCAAAUUUAUGACUCUGCUAAAUAUUGCAGAUCUUUUUUAGCUAUAUAUUUUAAACCCAUUGAGCACCAGGCACACUCUUCCCUUGACAAGUAAAAUUGUCUGGCAUCUGACAGAGUGAUAAAGUAAGGCACAUUUGGGUGCAAUACUGCAAUACAAGUGAGUGGGUUAACUCCUUCCUCCUGUAGUAACCCUUGACCAACAAGUGAAGGCCCUUACUGGACCUAGAAAGUUUAGAAAUGAUACAGUCAGGUAAUGCAUAUUUGGGGAUACUGCUGGGGGCAGUAAACCAAUCCUGGGACCAAUUAAUAAGACCGACUAAAGAAUCAUGAAUUGCCAUACACUCCACAAAAAUAUGCGGGACCUAUACAGUUCCUUACCUGCAAAUCUCAAACUCAUUAAUAAUUCAUGAGCAAAUUAGCGAAUGAACUCACCCUAAUUCGUCACAUGAUUGAGGCUGGAUACCGCAAGGAAACACGCUAAAAAUCAUAUACCAUCACUGUUGUUAGAUGAAAAACGGUUUUCAUCUAAUAACUGAGAUCCUAAUUACAAAUUCAAGUCAAAACACAACAAUAUACUAUAAUAAUAUAUAUAAGCCAAUGAAAUGUUUUCGUUUGAGAUGUUGUGUAAACAACUCGUUUCUCGUGUUUCAUCAGGGGACCAAACACUCGAAAACAAUAAAACACUCCCGCUUCGCGCUCGUGUUUCAUACAGUUUUCUCGUGUUUGGAUCCCCUGAUGAAACACUCAAACUCGUUGUUUACAUAUAACAUGAAAUGUGAUGAGGCUUGAUCUGAAUGCUAAUAACCUGCAGCCAGUCAGGAACUCAGAAAUCUAAAGUCUUGGUAUUACUUUUCAUAGACUAUUUUUCAUGUCUUUUUGAAAACAAUAAUGACGUAAUGAAAUUCAGUUUCAAACGACGUCAAGAUGACAUGAACAAAAAAUUUUUCAUUUUCCAAAGAUGGCAACACAAACAUCAGAAAUGACAUAUUUGGCGGGGUGAACCCAGAAGAUGAAUGCCAUGCUCCACUUUACAAUAAACAAGACGAAGACACCACAACUGGGACAUUGCCUUUAUAUGAGGUAGGGAAAGUAGCAAGGACAGUAUUGGCUCUCCUAAAUUUUUUGAACAGCUGUAAAAAUGCUUGAAAAGCUAUAAGUACUACAAAUACUGACACGACAAUCAAUAAAAAGCAACUUUAAUGGGUGAUUAAUAGAUGAAAUUUUGAUCUAGACAAGAAGAACGAAAUCCAUUACCACAGCUGGAAAAAGCAUCUUAAAAUGAGUAAAAUUGCAAAGUUUGGUUGCGAAUUGUUGUAAAAUGAGGAAAAUAUAGCCCUGUGAAGUUCGAAAAUUUUGUAUAUAUUUGCAUUACGCGCGGAAAAAAUAACCAUUUUUGAGCCGAAAGUGGUUAUUUCUACCGCGCGUAAUACAAAUAUAUACAAAAUUUGCGAACUUCACAGGGCUAUAUUUUCUUCAUUUUACAACAUUUAGCAACCAAUCUUUGCAGUUUUACUCAUUCUAAGACGGUCUUUCUAAUUCUAGCUGUGGUGUUAAAUUAAAUGACAGAACUUUUUAAAAUGCAAUGACUUCAUGAUCGUCCACAGGCUGACAUGCUCAAACGUCCCAAGGUCUCUAUUCUAUUGUCUCAAUUGGCAAGUUACGAAGCAGUACAAGCAGCACCGACACAAGUGGACCAAGAAGGCAAAACUGCCUUAAAAAGAAAACAGGCAAGAUACAUAUUUUUUACUUUCUUCCAUUUUAUCAUCAUUCGUUGAUUGUAGAUCUUUUUCCAAAAACUUCCGUUUUCGUGCGUCCGCUAAUCUCGCGUUGUGCUUUUUCACCGGAAAAUAUCAUUUUUCCCGGAAAAUAUCAUUUUUACCCAAAUGAUUCUUGAAUAAAAAAAUUUUUGUUUCAGGGUGCAAAAAUGGGCACUUUGAUGGGUGUUUACUUUCCGACCAUUCAAAAUAUAUUUGGAGUGAUCUUGUUUAUUCGUCUAUCUUGGAUUGUGGGUAUAGCUGGUGCACCCGAAGCAUUUCUCAUUGUUUUAACGUGUUGCUGUUGUGUAAGUCUGUAUACCAUGCUAUGUAUAAACACAAAAUAUUUCAAUACUAAAAAAUAUACCCAUUCAUUGUGGUCGUACGUGUCAUAUAUUCUGUCAAACAUGUUUUUUCAUGUAGACAUUGUUAACAUCGAUUUCAAUGAGCGCAAUUGCAACGAAUGGAGUUGUUCCAGGUUAAGUAUACAGAUAAAUUAUUUUUAUAUAAUGAUGAUGAUAAUACUACUUAACAGUUAUAUAAUAUUGAACAAUCUGUGCCAGCGUAGGCAGUGGUAGUAAUAAGAAAAGCUGAGGAUUGAUAGGAAUACAAGUACCUAAAAAAUACAAGGAAGACCAAUUCCCGACGGCCUUCUUCGCUCGAAACGUCAAAGAUAGUUACAUCCACAACAAUCCCCAUGCAGCUUUCUAGUUAUAUAAUACUAAAGGAAUACCGAAUGGUUUUCCGUGCAGGAUUGCGUGAUCCAUGCACGAGGGAUGUUGCGAGACUUUCGGAAAGCGUAAAAAUACUCGAGCCGCAGAUGAGUGCUAUCCUGCUUGGAAAACCAUUUGAUAAUUGUUUCAUAAAAUAACUACAGUGAAACAAUAACAUUUUGAGAAUCCCGCGAAGGCAUUUUAAUUCCUCGUGCGGGAUAUCCUGAUCCUGGACGGCUAUUGACCAAUCAAAUUGCGUGUUUCACUGUAGUUAUUAUAUAAUAUGAUUUCUUUCAUGUCAUGAAUAUGGAACACAGGUUCUCUCCGCUACCCGAAACGCUGAUGCGAGUAUGGCAAUUGACGAUUCCCCUUAUUACGUUUUCGUAGCGCUUUGCAUUGUGGUUAUAGUGGUAUCACUCAUAUUCAAGAUGGUUUAUUUUUUGUCCUGACCUGUGCAAUGACUUUUAUAAAAAGCUAGGGUUGGGUACGCGAUAGCCAACAGCAAAAUAUUCGCGAAAACAUUCAAUAUUUUCAUUCCAGGCCGCUGCGUUACGAAAACGUAAUAAGGGGAAUCAUCAAUUGUUUUGUCAUUCAACUUUGGAACAUUUUUUCUACGAUUACAGGCAUAUACAUAACUGAAAACAGUCGAUCCUCCAUGUAGAAUCACGUUUGUACCAUGUAGAGUUUAGACUUUCAUUGAUUUUCGUUUCUUGUCUUCCAGCUGGUGGAUCAUACUUCAUGAUAUCUCGAGCGUUAGGUCCUGAAUUUGGUGGCGCUGUUGGUAUAUUGUUCUACUUAGGAACAACGUUUGCGUCUUCUAUGUAUACGCUUGGUGCUAUUGAAAUACUUUUGGUAGGUUAAUACUGGUGAGGUAACGGAAUGUUUCUCAAGAGUGGGCAAGUCAGAAUACAUUGUUUUCUAGCCAUGUUUCUCAAAGGUGGACAAACCAGGAAAAUUUGUCAGAAAGAAAAAUCACACUUGGGAAACAAUGUUUAUGAAUUUGGUAGGAAACAUUCCCAUCAAGCAAACUGUGUUUGUAAGUAAAGGUUGAGUUACACGAGCAACAAAAUUGCUGCAACUUGCAAAAAAAUCUGAUUUCGACGCAUGUUAAUUGAAAAUGUUUACACAUAAAUUACAAAUCACAAGGCAACAUGUGUCGACAUUUCUACUUAACAUGCGUUGAAAUCGGAUUUUGUUGCAAGUUGCAGAUAUUUUGUUGCUCGUGUAACUCCACCUUAAGUAGUGGGCAAAUAAGGAAACAUACUGUAUAUUGAGGAAACCUAACGAAUUAUAUUUCCUAUACAACAACAACAUUUCCUGUUUUGCUUAGAACAAUUGCUAAUUGAUCACAGUGCACAAGUGAAAAACAGUCCACAUCUUAAAUGCAAUGAAUCAAUGAGCAGCCUAAUAUUUUCAUUCUAUAUCUCUUCCAGACCUAUAUUGCUCCUGGUAUGUCGCUGUUUGGCGACGUUCGCUCGAGCGGUGGUGCAACCUCGUCAGUAAUGUUAAACAACAUGAGAGUGUAUGGCACCAUACUACUCUUUCUACUGGCCGCUGUUGUGUUUAUUGGUGUUAAAGUUGUCAAUAGAUGUGCAUCACUGUUUCUCGCCUGUGUCUUACUUUCCAUCCUUGCAACGUAUAUUGGAUUCUUCUCCGUCCAUACCCGUUCAGAUACAAGGUAGGUUAUUUAAUCUUUCAAAAACUACAAUCGAAUUUCUCCUUAUAACAAACGAUACACAAUUUUUCUCCUUACAUAAACCGCAUGUGAUAAUUUUAAUUGUGAGUAGAUCCGACAGUGAUCACCGAUCUUCAGACAUUACCCAACACAAUGUCUAAUGCAUUCAACGAUUUUGUACCAACAUGUUUGAACGGACCUUUCUAAGGUUCCGAUAGCGCCUGGGUAUGGCGAUUAGGCGAUGUAUACAGUACAUAAUUAUAUGGAUUGGAUGUACGAAGUAUGUAGACUACAAUAAACUAUUAAUUUGUACUUUCAAACAAUUGUUAAAAUGGUUAAUUCCAACAGGAUAUGUAUGCUUGGCGACCGGUUGCUUGCAAGUAAAGCUUAUGGUCAUUGUUCAAAGAAUGACACAAACAUUAAACAACUGUUUGAGAGCACAUCUUUCUGGAAUACAACUUGCAUCAAAGAUAUUGCUGGCGCACCUGGUCUGUCCAGCGGAGUGUUUGACGGUAAGAUUUUAGAGUCACAAUAGAAUUAUUUACAUGCGAGAGAAACUCACUUGCCGUUUCACGGGCAAUUACCCCUUGUACGCCAGGUGAGGUGGUGAGAUAAUCCGCAUUGAGUAGGUAACUUAAACUAGCUGUAGAAGAGAGUUUAAAGAUUCGAUUCCUGUUAGGAUAUCUGAUUCAAGGCUGACCUCUAUAGUGGGAUGUCAUGUCAUUUCUCAAUUUUCACUGAACUUGUUUUGUAGACAACGUGGAUAGUCAAUAUUUGGAUAAAGGCGAGGUCUAUGUUGGACAGAAGGCUGACAACGACCAAGAAAUUCAAUCUGAUAGCAAGACAUCAUUUUUUAUCCUACUUGCUAUAUUUUUCCCUUCGGUUACAGGUUAGUGAAUUUCUUGGUUAUGAUCAGGCUAGGUGACCCAUCCAGUUCUAAGCCGGAUAGAUCGAUAACUGCGCUACUUAAAUCGAGUUAUCAAUCCUGAUAAAAAAUCAGUACAUCAUAUUACAGCAAUAAAGCUUACAAAUCUUAUUAUUCAGGCAUAAUGGCAGGUUCCAACAGAUCAGGUGAUUUAAAAGAUGCACAACGCUCCAUUCCGAAAGGAACAAUUGCCGCCAUAUUGACGACAUCCACUGUCUGUAUCCUUUUGUGUUUGAAGCAACACAGUUUAGAGCUAAUUGCAUACUCUGUAUUAGAAAUCAAAUAUUAUCAAAGUUCAUUUAGAAUUGAUUUUUCGCACACCUGCUACUUACUUAGUUACUUUGUAAUUCCGGGAGCGGUACAACCCUCAGCAUUUGCUUAUAUAUGAGCCCUUGCUAUCUUAAGACUGGUAAACACUUAAUUUGGGACUUUAUUAGUCCUGUUGUCUGUGCCUUCAAUUUCAUAUUGUAAAACUAAUAAAAAAAUAAACACCAUAUAUAAAGUUCCUGUGAUCACAGAGAGAGACUCCGAGAAAGACUUGUUCGUACUGCCUGAAACUUUGACGAGUCCUACUUUCAUCAAACUAACUUUGACACUAAAUUAGUUCAUAGAGUGGGUCCCUUGUAUCUCCCCUUUACAUAGACAUCGUUCUACAUCACCUUAACUUUAAUCACAGAUCUAACUUCAGUUCUCUUCUUCGCCGGUACAAUAGAAGGCGCAUUGCUACGAGACAAGUGAGAUAUUUAUUUUUCUUGUUCAAUUUAGGAGAAAAAUCAACACUUUAACCUUCUGUACAAUGUUUUUUUUUAAAGAUUUGGUCAAAGUAUUGGCAGCGUGCUAUUGGUUGCUGAGAUUGCAUGGCCAAGUAAAUGGGUGAUCCUAAUUGGUUCUCUUCUUUCCACUAUUGGUGCUGGAAUGCAAAGUUUAACUGGGUGAGGUUUCAGUCAUUCAGGAGAGAUAACAGAGAAAAAUCUAUACAAGCAAGAAACGUAUGAAAAAUCCAUACAGCCAGAAGGUGGCAGAAAAAAUAUCACAACAGGAAAACAUGCACACACCAAUCGAACUGUUGAGUUGGUCUGUAACUUCAGAAUUCUAAAUUCAAAUACUGUAAUUAAGUUUGGUGUUUUGAAGCACGCAUUUUGAAUUUGGAGCUCCAUAGACUAUGAACAUAGCGUGGCUCUCUAACAUCUGCAGCCAUGAUCCAGAGUUUCAAUCUUACAUAACAGACGUCCUCAGGUUUGGUCAAGUGAGCUAAUAGAUUUUGUUUAUUUCUAUAGUGCUCCAAGAUUACUGCAAGCUAUAUCACGUGACAAUCUCAUUCCAUUUCUCAACUUGUUCUCAUAUGCGUCAAAAAAUGGCGAACCAACUCGAGCUUUGUUCUUGACUGUCGCUAUAGCAGAGAUUGGUAUUCUGGUGGCGAACCUCGAUGCAGUGGCACCCAUUAUCACAAUGUAAGUAAUGAUGUAGAGUCUUCGACACGACUCCCAAAUGAAAAAAAAUGCUGAGUAUAUUAUUAUUUAUCGCAAUCGGAAUGUACUUUUUAGGUUUUUCUUGAUGUGUUAUGGUUUUGUUAACCUCGCUUGUGUUCUACAGUCUUUAUUACAAACACCAAAUUGGAGACCGCGUUUUCAGUUCUAUCAUUGGCAAGUAUUCGGAUUUUAUUUUUCACUUGAAGUAUGUGAUGUAGACGAAGUAAGACUCUUCUUUUUGGCGAUUCUGAAAUGACGUCACAAUAUCAUUAAACUUUCAAGUUAGUCAAGAGCAUUUGAUAGCUGUUGGUAUGAUCAGCAAAUCACGUUCAACUAUCCUGAAGCUGAUUGACUAGUAAACUAAUUGAAAAGAUCGAGGUUUCAUGAUAGAAUAGACAAUUUUAUUAUCUGGCACAUUAAAGUUUUAUAGAUGCAACCGAUGGUAACAAUAUGAUAUUUUGUUUAGGUUUGCUUCGCUGAUUGGUCUAUGCCUGUGUCUAACUCUUAUGUUUGUAUCCAGUUGGUACUAUGCCUUAGUGGCUCUCAUUCUGGCUGCCGGUAUUUAUAAAUAUAUCGAGUUUCAAGGGUAAGGAACUAUGACUAUUUUUGGAUGAUUUGACACUGUGCAUGACAUGCACAAAGGGUAAAUAGUGUUCAGUUGAUCUGGAAACUGGAGUGGUUGCUUUAAUUAAAACAUGUAUACUUUGGUUCACAAGUAUGCCCAGCUUACAUCAAGCAGGCGUUAAGAGUUAACUCUGACUUUCAUACCCGAAAUAAUUACCCAACCAGUCAAACAAACAAUUUACAGGAACGUUUUCAACUUGUCUAGUGCAAAGAAAGAAUGGGGCGAUGGUAUCCGUGGUCUGGCAUUAAGUGCAGCGAGAUAUGGUCUACUAAGAUUAGAAGAAGGUGCUGUUCAUACCAAAAACUGGAGGUAAGCCUAUUCCAGUCAAUGUUUGUGUACUAAUCAUCCUAAGCAAAUGCACACCAACUUUCUAACAGUGUAUGAUGACGUUGUACUAUAUUUGUACUUUAGACCACAGCUACUCGUUCUUUGCAAAUUGAACGAAGACUUGAAACCCAAAACUGAUAAUCUCUUUGCGUUUGUGGGACAGUUAAAAGCAGGUAUGUUUUUGAGUUCUUGAUGAGUGUUGUAAAUUGAAAACUGCAUGGAUAGCACAUCUGUCGUUAGCACGUAAUCUCUUACUCUUUAUUAAGUAAAAUCUAAUCUCGUCUUGUAGGUCGUGGCCUCACCAUCGCCGCAUCCGUACUCAAAGGAGAUAUACUUGAAAGAAACGAAGAAGUAGAUGUUGCCAAAGCUGUAAGCAGAAGAUGUUUAAUCUGUGCAUGUGAACAUUGCCGAAAAUUUCUGUGCAUGGAGAACAGUGAAAACCUGUAAAGCUUUCUCGUUUGAAGGCUUGCUAGGAAAGAUCUUUGAAUUGUUACGAUUUUCUAUCUUUAUCUGUAUGCAGUGUUUAGAUCAACUUAUGAAGAACAACAAAGUACAAGGAUUUUCCAAAGUUAUUGUUUCCAAGGAAAUAAACAGUGGCUUGUCAUUCCUGUAAGUAAACAUCUCACUAUGUUUACAAAAAUCUGUAGCACACCGAGUUUUUAUACAAGUAUACAAAAACAUGUUCUUUUCUCCUGCAGAAUUCAGAACAACGGUUUAGGUGGCCUCACAGCAAAUUCUGUACUCAUGGCUUGGCCGGAGAACUGGAAGGAAAAAGAUACUUGGAAAAAAUUUGUCUGUAAGAAAUCGCUACGACUAUGAGUGAUCUAAGAAAGCCAAGAUGGCAGUAUAAAAUAGUAACCCAAAAUCAAAUGCCAUGCCCUUGACUUAAAAUGUGGAUAAUCGUUACAGUACAAUGUUGUGCCUCAUCAGAAUGAAAAGAAUAUCAGAUAUAACGACUUAUAAAUGUAUUGUACCAUCGCUCUAAUAGUUCUCCACCAUUCUCGACUGAGAUCUAGUAAGGGCUAUUCUCUAUUGAUAUGUACAGUGUUGCCAUUGGAGGAAAUGGGAGUGCCUGGACAAAACCUAUGAAUCGAACACCCAUCACAUGCAGAGGUUGAAGGUGCAUCUACUAACUAUACAUGUACACUGUGCCACCACCAUACCCUAUCAAAAACGUUCAGCAAACAGAGUUGCCAUGAUUGUUUCCAUUAUUGUCAGAUACCCCAAUUCCUGUUGAUAUUUCGCCACAUACAUCUCACAUUGGCAUCACCUUUUCUAGAUACAUUACGUGUUAUAUCAAAACGUCACGAAGCUCUAUUGGUGGCCAAGAAUCUUGUCACGUAUCCAGACAACAGUGAACGUCUUGAAGGCACAGUAGAUGUAUGGUGGGUGGUACAUGAUGGUGGUAUGAUGAUCCUGUUGAUAUUUUUAUUAUCACAACAUAAAGUAUGGAGGCAGUGUAACCUCAGGAUUUUUACUGUCGCACGUAUCCUUUCUAGUUUGACGUAGUUUUGAGACUCGUAGUAGACCUUAAUUUCCUCCAGUGGUGAAAAAUGUCCAGCAGCAUAUCAUUAAAUUUUCGCAGGAAAUUCUCUUGUCAUCUUAUAUACUGGAAUGCCAUAUAAUUACCUUUCUACCAAAAAAGAAUUUAAUUUAUUUCACGCUUUCAAUCCAUAUCGAAAGUUUGGCCGAGCAGAAAGAAACAGUAAGGGCUUGGCAAACGCCCGCCCGUAUUAACCACCCAUAACCCAUAAAACAACAUUUGUAUCGCAAUGUCCCCUUAUGUUUCCUAAUGUAGUCGUACAAAUUCCAAAUUCGACAAAAAUAUUGUCUCUUCUGGUAGAAAGGUCGGUAUAUAUUUGGGAUUUGUGAGUGGGAAACAAGAGUUGCCUACGGAGGAGGCUAAAUAUGUGGCACCAUACAUUCUUUGAAAUCUACAUGUGCAGGAAAAUUUUUUCCGAUUUUGUUGCCAGGAAGAGAAAUGUAUUUUGUAGGUCUGAUUUCCUUUACGAAAUGAACGAAUGAUGUAUUGAAUGGAGAUAUACAAAUGAUAGAUAUUUUCCGUAACAGACGAACAGAAAUGCAAGAUAAUAGUGUUCAGAUGGCAAAAGAUCUGAAGACGUUCGUUUACCAACUUCGAAUUAAAGCCGACGUAGAAGUAAUUGAAAUGGUAGGUCUGGGGCGGUUUUCCAUUUCAACCGUAUCGUGUUGAAUUUAUUCGUCUCGUGAACGGCAAACCUUCAGUGAAACGCAAUGUGAAGUGUGCGAUUUGACUUAAUUUUAUUCAUUAGAAAUAGUUUUAAAGAAUACCUCUAAACACUGGUAUACCUCUAAACUUUGUGGCUUCUCUUUGUGUUUGGCCGAACUUCAGCUUCGUCUAGUAGUAAAACAAUUUACUCGUCUGUAACUAGUCUGCGCACAAACUGUCCUUCACCCCCGAACCAGGGGGGGGGGAUGCAGUCUGCGAGCAGACUAGUCUGUAUAAGCGGAACAAAACGGAAAGACAUUCUAUUUUGGUCCAGAGAGGAAUAGUGCAUAUCCGGAGCUAAGCAACCAAUCAAAUUGCGCGAAACGUACUAUCCAUUUCCCGACUAUAUGCUAAAAAGGAUAGUCUCUGAGUUCCAGCUUUCCAUUCCCGUAGGUGGAUACAGAUAUAGAAGCUUACACAUAUGAAAGAACACUAGUGAUGGAACAACGAAGCAAUAUGUUGAAACAAAUGAGACUGACAAGGAAAGAAAGCAGAAAAGAAGUUCAAGCUAUCGUAGAGACACAUCAUAGAACGAAGAAAGGUCAUACGUCCACACCUCAACCACCUGAUACACCUGUCCCCAGCAUUCAAGUACAUACAUCGUCCUCAACGGACACAAGCCAACAGGGAGGUGGCGGUGAGCCCAAUAAAGAACACCCGUAAGUGUCCAAGUGAAAUUAUAUUCUCUGCAUCUUUAUCACUCCAUAUAUUACAUGUAUUACAAAGGGCGACUCUCCUGAACUAUUGUUGUUAGCUUUGUGGAUCCUUCAAUAAAUAUCGUUAUUCAUUCUCUCAGCCUCAUUCCAAUAGCCUUAUCUUUUCUUUCAGAAGCCAGAUGAAUUUACAGCGUAUGGACAACGCAGUGAAGUUAAACAAGUUAAUAAAAGAGAAAUCAUCUGAAGCACAACUAGUACUGCUUAAUUUACCACCUCCUGCUAAAGAUGAGUCUGGUGACUAUCAUUGUAUCCUUUGUUUUUAAUUACGUGUAUAUCUGAUCGAGUACCAGCCUUGUGCGAUCUUAAGUGAUAAGAAGCAAGGUUUAUCAGCUCGGCUAUUCGGAUUAAUUAUGUCUUAAGCCACAUAGGCUAUCUCAAAGGCAGUAUGAGACACCGUAGGCAUUGGGGUGCUGUUGGGGAAUGAGGUUGAUGAGAGCCUAUGCUAAGUCCCGAACAGGACCAUCCUUUAAUCAGAUCAGAGUCAGUGACUCCACACUAGAUGGGAAAAUCCAUUUCAGGCUCGACGUGCUGUAGAUGAAGUCACCAACCCCCGGAGGAUGUUUGGUCAAAAGUGCGACGGAUGAUCUUAUUGUGUUUAACUUAGUAGUCGAAUCACAUUCAUGGAAUGAUCCAAAAUCCCAAAAGAAAUUGUUGAUAUGUUGAAUGACCUUAACGAUGUUUUCAGAUAUGGAAUUUGUUGAAGUUAUGACAGAAGGUUUAAAGAGAGUUCUUUUAGUGAAAGGAAGUGGACAUGAAGUUAUCACAAUUUAUUCAUAAGUUUAAAACCAAGACACUUUGAUUUCAACAUAAGCUUAUACUUGAAAACACUUAGCUUACAUACAAAACAUUUUCAACAAUUAGCAUGGCAGAACCAACCGUUAUACAUGGCUGUAAACAUAUAUAAACAAGACUGAUAGUUUCCUUUUGCAAUUGUUCUGAACCCAUACAUUGUACGUUUGACAAAAAGUUCUAAUUAUUCUAACCGCGUGAAUUGUAAAAAAUGUUGAGUUUUAGAAGAAAAAAAUCAAAAUAUUUACACCAUUGUGCGAUUCUGCUUAUAUACAUAUAUAGAAUAUCCCCAUUCAGCCACAAGCUGAUUAAUUAACUUGGCUUACCUUUGCAAGCAUGUCUGUGAAGCACUGUACAUGUUAGUCAACAUUAGCAUUCUGUAUUGAAGACGAUGCCUCAGCAUCCUCGUAUGAAAGUCGUGAUGGUUUUAUGAGUCUUUCCGCCAGCUUACGACGUAACUCUCUAACAUCAGCCAUCAAUUCAAUUUCUCUCUUUUCAAAUGUCGCUCUCUGCCUCUCUAGUGAAGGACC